UUACAACACUGCUGCAACUGCCGCUCUUGCCGCAACUAGUGUGGCAGCGCCUUAAAAACAGUUGCCUUUGUCUUCCUUGUUUUCCUUGUUUUUCUUGAAUCGCUGUUCGAAAUAUACAAGCUCAUUCUCGUGAUGUGAAUAACGUUUGGGGACGGAAAACGAUUUACACACCGCAACUCGUGUUUUCCUACGUUCGAUUACUCAUCGUUCUCGACCUCGCAGCCGCCAGCGAACGUGGAAAAGUGCAAAAUGUCUUCCAACGAGCUGGAAAAUGAGGGCUUCCUGUUGCAGAUCCGUGUGCUUCUGAACGAACGUGGCAUAAAACUCUGGGAAGCGCCCUACAUAACCCCUGACCGCACCCCGAACGAAGAGGAGAUGGGCAAACUGGCCGAUACACUCGCUCCGGAGACGACCAUUCCCCGGGAUCGGUGCCUGAGCGUACUCCGGUCGCUGCAGCAGAACGCACUCGAAAAGCUACAGGCCAAGGAUGAGUUCGUAAAGACGGGGGUGGCCACGGUUAAACUACGCGCACCAACACAAACUGGUUCCAACCGGUCGUUCGAUCUGAAGCUCAAAGUGACGGACCCGGGUGCCACCCUUUCCGAGCUUGUCGGUCAGCGACUGUCGGUGGAUCCCCGGAAAAUCAAGUUAGUGUGCGGUGGGCGAGUAGUGGACAGUACGCGCACACUAGAGGAACAGAAGGUAACGAAUGGAGCGAUCGUACUGGCGCUAGUGAUGGCUCACAGCGAGGAGGAAGCAAAGCUGGAAUGCUCCACGUACGACCGGGUGCACAAGAUCCGGGCCGAUGCCGAGCUGCUGAUCAACGAGAACGACAGCGCAAAGAUGAUGACCCUGGAAGAUCAAUCCGGAAACCCCAUCUUCCUGCCGAAAAACGAGAAGAAGAGCCUGAUGGUGGCACUGACACUGUACGCGAAGGGAAAGGCGGCACUCAGCGCUGGCAAGUACGAAGAAGCACUGUUGCUGCUGCUCGAGGCGGACCGUGACUUCCGGGGCUGCAACUCGGACCUGCUGAACGGGGUCGAUAACUAUGCCCUGCUCAAUCUCGACAUCGUGUGGUGUUACCUCUGCCUGAAGAACCUAAACCAGCUGCCGGAUGCCGCCGAACGGUUGCAGCUGUGCGAGCAAAAGUUCCGUCAAAGCUACGGCGAAAACAUGAAGCGCGUGGCGGCCCUGAAGGGUGAGCAGUCGAGCGAGAAAACGAUCCUCGUAAGGCUGCACCUGCUCAAGGCCAUCCUGUACUACCACCAGAACAAACGCGACGAUGCACGCACCAUGUUUCGGGUGGUGGAAACGGAACUGCAGUCGCUCCGCAUCGACGAUGCGUGCCUUAGCCGGUUGAUGGAGUGCGGACAUACGCUACACGAGUCGCGAAUGGCGCUGCGCGCUUGCUCCAACGAUAUCGAGCGUGCGAUCGAGUACAUCCACGAGCAACGCGAGCGGCAGGAGGCGAACGAGAAGCGGUCCCGCCGUGAGCUGAAGCUUUACGAGCGGAUUGGCCACGCCACCGACACACCGCAGUACUGGCGCAUCAAGCUCGACCUGGUCGACGUGCUGAUGGAGAUGGGCUACACGGAGGAGCUGGCCGCGUUGGCGCUCAAGGAGAGCGAUAACGACAUCAACGGGGCACUGAACGAACUGCAGAACAACAGCAAGGAGCUACGCCUCAAACUACUCCGCUGUGUCGUUCCGGAUGAGCAGCUGGUCGAACAGCUGAUAGCGCUCGGUUUCCCGGAAGAGGCGGCCCGUGUGGCACUGAAAACCACGACCAAUCGGUACGAUCUGGCGGCCGAAUUUCUGGUCGCCAACGUAUCCGACGGCAGCGUGUACAGUGAGCGGCUGACGAAGGCACUGCAGAUGAUCGGUCCGGAGACGGCCAUCCACUCUGCUGGGGGUGCUGCUACCGAGAGCUCGGAUAACCAAGCGACGCCUUCGACCAGCAAGGGAUCGUCAAACUCCAACAAGCGCACGGAUCCCAUCACGGAGGCACGUAGCGAAGAAAAACGUCGCAAGAAGGAGAUGCUGGACAUUGUGUUCAAGAGCUUCUCGAAGGAGAUCGGCGAUUCACGUGAUAACCAUCUCGAUCUAUCGCUCGCCGAAGAGACCGUACUGCUGGAGCAGUACAAGGCGCUCCUCGGUAUGGAGUGACCCCGAUCGUUGCUUCUAUCGUUGCCAAAAAUAAGAUCCACCCCGGUGAUUAGAGCGUAAGACGACUGUCAAACAGCUACGUGAGUACGAACGUGUUAGUGCCAUUCGUGUGGACUUAAUUCUUCCGCCCGCACGGCCUCACUGGUUGCCAGGAUUUGUAACUAUUGCUCGUGCCAGUAAGUGUCUUUAUAAGGGUUUGAAACCAAUUUGAAUCGAAUCCACCCAACGUCAAAUUCAUCCCGUCCUCGUGUCGCUUUCGUUAUGUUUAAAUGCGCUAGGUUGCGACCAAUUUGGCUCUCUAGAAUCGCAAGGUUUUGAAAAUGAGAAAAAUAUAUAUUUUCUAUGAAAU